AGGAGCAAGACGACCACGAGCCUGCAGCUGUGGUCACAGCAGAGCCUGAUGGUUCCAAGAGAAUGACAGAAGCAGCAGCUGUCUCUGCCCUGGCUCCCUCUGCUCCUGGAGAAGAAGCCAAAGAGGAGCAAAAGGAGCAAGACAACCACGAGCCUGCAGCUGUGGUCACAGCAGAGCCUGAUGGUUCCAAGAGAAUGACAGAAGCAGCAGCUGUCUCUGCCCUGGCUCCCUCUGCUCCUGGAGAAGAAGCCAAAGAGGAGCAAAAGGAGCAAGACAACCACGAGCCUGCAGCUGUGGUCACAGCAGAGCCUGAUGGUUCCAAGAGAAUAACAGAAGCAGCAGCAGUCUCUGCCCCGGCUCCCUCUGCUCCUGGAGAAGAAGCCAAAGAGGAGCAAAAGGAGCAAGAUGACCACGAGCCUGCAGCUGUGGUCACACCCAGGGAAUCAGUAAAUGUGGUGUUUGGGAAUUGA